AUGGUGGAUGGCGCAACGGGAUGGCAAAUGGAUAUGUGCCACAGUCACGCCAAGGCGAACGGUAUGCUGGUCAAGGGGGCCAGUGGAACAACGGAGGUCAAGGUGGCCAGGGUAAUUUCGGCGGCCAAGGAAACUUCGGCGGUGGUCAAGGUGGCCAAGGAAACUUCGCCGGAGGCCAAGGUAACUUUGCUGGUCAAGGUGGCCAAGGCGGAGGAAACGGCGGAUAUGGCUCAUCUACAGGAGGCUUCCGAGGAAGAGGAAGAGGCCGUGGCGGCAACCGCGGCAAUAACGGCGGCGGCCAAUGGAACAACGGUGGCCAAUGGAACAACGGCGGUGGUCAAGGAGGCCAGUGGAAUAACUGUGGUCAAGGUGGCCAAUGGAACGAUCACAGAAGAGCUGAAGCCUAAUUGCGUCUUUAUCAGUGAUAAGAGACCUAAAGGUCACGGCACAAGCGCUGAAAAAGAAAAAAACAAAGAGAACGGUACAAGUGCCGAAGAAAUUAAAGAAACAGAACUAGAAGUCAGCACAAGCGCUGUUCACGAAAACGGCACAGGCGCCAAAGAAGAGCAAACUACGCACACAGCGUAUGAGCUGGCUCAGAUGAUCAAGGAACUGAACCAGGCGAUUCGGGAUAAGGAAAACGGAAUCCCAGUAACAGAAGCAAAAAGGGCUCAGAUGUCUCCGAAAGUGAAGAAAGCAGCGUCGUUAGUAGCAUCACUGCAAAGGUCACUCGGUAAUGGUGAGGAAGGGCCACCACCCGAGAAGAACGAAAGAUCACUAAACGCGAUGCUGGAAGAAAAAGAGCCAGAAAGGUCAGUUCCAAAAAUUGAUGAAAGGUCACCCGAAACUGGUGAGGAAGGGCCGCCAGUUGAAAAAUCAGAAAGGUCACGGAAUACCGCUCAAGCAAAUGAUUGCUUGGAAGACGAAGAAAGGGAUAGGUCACGAGCAAGGAUUCGCGCAACACGAACAAAUCCAAGGACAGCUGCACGAAACGGACGAAAGUCCAAGGAAAAGAACAAACCUCUGCCCGAAAAACGAAAAGCGAAAAAACUUAGCGCUUGUAAGGACGAAGGCGAUGACGUUUCAACAGAAAUUGAAGACGAAGGCGUCGAUGAGCGACCGAUCGAGAAAAAGAGCAAAGGUCAAGCGCUCGAAGCAAAUAAUAGCAGCGAAUCCGACUCGGAAUUCUCGAGUAAGAGCGACAACUCGACCACUUCUGAAGAUUCUGGAGUGAGUGACCUUUCAGAUCAAGAAGAUCUGCGUGACCUUGACGAAGACGUUGAAAAGAACGAAGAACAAGAGAAAGAGAUCAUUGUUCGAGGUGUUAAAGUGCAGAGAGCAAGAAUCCCAGAACGAGCAAGCAAAGUCUACAGCGACCAGCGAGUCAAGUUAAGACCAAACUUGGCGACGCGCGUAAAGGUCAAAAUGGGAGGUCAUGUACCGCGUGCACAGAAGCUGAUGUACACAGUGACGCCACAGAAAGAUAAUGAAGUCCGACCGAGAACGGGAGUAACGGACCAUAACGGCACUCGAUUUGAAAUCGUCAUAGAAAACCGGAGCAAAAGCCGAAAGACCGUAAGGAAGGGCCAAUUUCUCGGUUACGUAGAACAUUACGAACACCUUGAGAAUGUAAAGGUCAACUCGGCUGGCGUUGUGAGAAACGUUUUCGAAGAUCCGGAAGUGGAUGCAAAGACGAAAAAAGAAUUGAAUGACAUCAUUGAAAGAUUAAAGUUAGAAUCAGACCUAACUGAAGAACAAAAGAAUGACGUGCGAAAUGCAUUUUGGGAGUUUUGGAAAGUUCUCCCCACGUCAAAGAAACCGUACGGCGAAGUCAAAGGGGUAACGCACACUAUUGACACAGCCGAUGCAAAACCGGUUAAAUGCAAUCCGGCAAGAACAAGCUGGAAAGUUCGUGAAUUCAUCACGAGCACAUCGAAGAGAUGUUGCAGCAAGAUGUCAUCGAGCCGUCCGACGCGGAAUGGAGUUUCCCGGUCGUAUUGGCCGCAAAGAAAAAUGGCGACGGAACUAUAG